AUGAGCGAUAGUCUAUGCCACACCUCCGUUCGAUCCUAUGCAGUCUGCGGCAUGGGCGGUAUCGGCAAAACUCAAAUUGCGGUGGAGUACGCGUACACAAGACAUUCGAAAUAUGAUGCGAUAUUUUUCGUUACCGCAGAUAGCAAGACAAAGCUUUCUGAAGAAUUUGCGGAUAUAGCUUUUGGGUUGGGUCUUGAGGAUCAAAUUGAGGUCAAAGACCUUACAGUGUCGUGCGAAAUAGUCAAGGGCUGGCUGUCAAAUCCAGUCCGAUCAUACAACAGUCCACCAUCAGCCAGCAAUGAGGCAUCCUGGCUUCUGAUAUUUGACAAUGCCGACGACAUUGACGUGCUAGAGGAUUGCUGGCCAACGACUGGUAUCGGCUUCGUGCUUAUCACCAGUCGAGACUCAUUUGCAAAAAAUCAAAUCUACAUGGCGAACCACGGGAUUGAUCUCAAGCCACUAUCCACCCAUGAUGCUGUCGAAUUCCUGAACAUUCUUACUCGGAGAUUUCCCCGUCUUGACCAAGAACAGAAUGCUGCAGAAGUUGUGAAUAAACUUGGAGGCUUGCCGCUUCUUAUAACACAGAUGGCUGGUGUCAUGACCCGGUUGCGGCUCUCUUAUUCUGAAUUCCUCGCGCUUUACAAAGCGAGCGGCAUCGAAGAUAUGAGUUUGACGAGAGAUAUGACUUCGACCGAAGAGCAGGUACACUCGAUUUCAUCAAAGAUCGGUUUGGAUGGGUUAGCAACUAAAAGUCUAGGCUUGUUGUGCUUAAUCUCUUUGCUAGAUCCCGAUCGAAUCCCGGAGGGUAUUCUGAUCAAUGCAUGCGCAUAUGCAUCCUUCGAGUACUUCCCGAGGGACUUGGUCCAGUACUACGAAUCAAGGGCACAGCUUCUCCAAACUUCUUUGAUCAACCAAAAUCCAGAGACAAAGGAUGUCUCGGUCCACCGACUUGUGCAAGAUGUGGCAAGAGAAAAGUUCGAACACAAGCAACUAAUUGCGAUGUACAACCUCGCAAUCAAGGCGGUUUCGAGUAUAUGGCCAUUCGCGACGUUGGAGACUCGGUUCACCACUGCGCGCUACAAAAGUUGCGCGCCGGUAUUUCCCAGUUUGGUUAGUUUGAGUAAGACGUAUGAGCUUGUAUCGACACUUGAAUCAUUUCGUCCUGAGCUAGCUAGCGCAACACUCUUCGGUGAUGCUGGGUGGUAUCGAUUUGAGAGAGGGUUUCAAGAAGAGUCCAAGGAAUGGUUUAAGACGGUCGAAGGAAUAUGUGACGGUCUAGAAGAUAAAUCCUCGGUGGAGGUAGCAUACAUGAUCCGUGAUACCCAUCACAACCUUGGUACAGCUGCAGGGGAGACGAAUGACACGAAGAGUUUCCUGAAGCACACGUCAAUAUGGCUAGAAAUGCUUAAACAGAGGAAGACCCCCGAAGGGGAAUCUGUGAUUGACUACGAACUUUGCAUGGGCUAUAACGAAACCGGCGUUGCACACGCCAUGGAUGCUCAGUACCAAGUUGCAAUCACGUAUUUUUCAAAGGCGAUCGAAAGUUUCCAAGCUUUACCUCACUACGAAGACACAAUGCAAGGAUGGUCAGCAUCGAAUAUUGGGCUCGUGUACUGGAUCUUGGGCGAUUACGUCCAAGCCGAGCAAGCACUGCUUGAGAUUAUAGAAAUUUUCAAAAACGCAAAUGGCGUUGACGACGUACUGUCCUUCAAAACUGGUAAAAUGCUCUACGCACUGGGCAACGUAUAUGUGAGCCAGGGGAGGUUUACGGAGGGAUUCGAGUAUCAUACCCGCUGCCUGAAACAAUAUCGUGCCACGCUUGGAGACAGCCACCACCGCAUUGGUGACAUCUGUCACCGACUGGCGGAUGAUAAUCUUCGUUUUAAGAACCAUGCGGAAGCAAGGCAUCCACUCCUUUCGAAUGUUCUUCAGUUGAAAUCCAUUGCUAAGGCGCCUUUGCCAAGAGUGCUCAUAAACCAAGCUUUGAAGUCUUCAGUGGGCGUCAACAAUACAAGCAAGAGCUUGCUCGGUCUACCUAUAAAGCCUCACGGAUUUCUUUAG